UGCACCAGAGUGUUUAUGGUAGUAUUUAAAUAUCUAUUACAGUUUUCUUCUAUAAAUAAAUUUUUGAUUUAUAGUGCCCCAAUAGAAACGGGAUCUCCAGUCACUGAGAUUAUAACUGAUAAAAUCAUAACUCCAGAUGGCCUUGCUGUUGACUGGAUUCACGGGAAUAUUUACUGGACUGAUACAGGAAAGAAUACUCUUAGUGUUGCUAAUUUAGAUGGGAAAAUGAGAAAGGUGCUGUUUGGCACACAUCUCGACGAACCUAGAGCCAUAGUUGUCAGUCCUUUGGAAGGGUGGAUGUUUUGGGCUGACUGGGGAGAACCAUCUAAAAUUGAACGGGCUGGCAUGGAUGGUACUCAUAGGAGUACCAUUAUUUCAAAAGAUAUUCGCUGGCCUAAUGGUUUGACUGUUGACUUGACUUCCCAAAAACUGUUCUGGGCAGAUGCUAAAUUUCAUGUUCUGUGCAGUGCGAAUUAUGAUGGCUCUAACCAACGUGUGAUAUUGUCAUCUGUCCGAGAUGUCAAACAUCCAUUUUCUUUGGAUGUAUUUGAGGAUUGGCUGUACUGGACAGACUGGGAGUCGGAGAGCAUUUACAAAGCCGAAAAAUUCUCUGGUCAGAACGUUCAGAGUGUUGUGAAUGGCGUUUCCUCACCAAUGGGUCUAAGAGUAUAUCACAGUUAUAAACAACCAAAAGGACCAAACCAUUGCAUGCCUAAUAAUGGUGGUUGUUCUCACCUGUGUUUACCAUCUCCUAAAGUUACAGAAGGUUCAGCAAAGUUCACAUGUGCUUGUCCUGAUGGAUUGGUAAUGGCUGAUGACAUGCUCCACUGCAUUGCUGAUGAAUUACCAGUUACAAAGUCAUCUUCCAGCGUGAGGUAUUCUUCGACACAAAAGUAUAUGCCUUUUUCAGUGCCGACACCGGCUCCCACACAGAAACCCAGUCCCACCACUGUUACAGUUCCUCAUAUCAAAUCGUACACUUAUUCUACCAUGCCUAAAAGGAACAAUACAGAUGCAACUUCAAGUUCUUCCAGAAGUACUGUAGAUUCAGCACCUACAGUUGCUGUUGUCCAGGCAGUUUCCUAUCCUACACAACAAUCGAUGUUAAUGAACGAGACUCUACGAGAAAUACAAGAAGAGAUAGAUGAUUCUGGAAGAAUUGCAGGAAUCAUAAUUGGAGUAUUGGGAGGUCUAACCAUAGUAUUUGCACUGGUUGGCUUUUGUGUAUAUAAGCAAUACUUACGAAGAAACAUCACAAGCAUGAACUUCGACAAUCCCGUUUACAGAAAAACAACUGAAGAUCAGUUUAGUUUAGAGAAAAACCAAUAUCAGCCAGCUAAAUCUUACCCUUCUAGUCUUGAACCCUUGACGUCGCCAGGGACGAAUGAAUUUGUUUAGCAGAUGUUUAUAUUUUUUACAUUCCAGUCUUUUAAGUGAUGUCAUUCAAACAUUUUAGGACCACAUGGGUCUUCUGUACAUAAUGAACUUUAACUGCAUCUUGAUUGAUGAAUGUACAUUGAAAAAAAUAUUUUAUAGAAAAAUGUAGCUUUGUAUGAAUGUUGUAUAUGAGUGAAAGAUUUAUUUUUGAAAUAUCAGGUAUGUUAAAAUUAUUUGGAUUUCUUUUACUUAUUCAUCAUUUACAUAGAAAGUUUAACAAUUAGUUUAUUGGAAAAUUUAUUUAAUCCAACUUUAUUAUGACUUAGUUCAGGCAGCGAACCAAAACAUUAUUAUUGCAUUGGAUAGAGAACAUUUGUUUGUAAAUACUUUAGGGUUAUUCAUUAUUCCAUGAAGUAUUAUAAUAAAAAUUUGAAAUAAUUAAACUUUAAAUUCAGUUGCAUUAAAACCAAAUUCACGAACAUUUUUAAUAAAUUUUUGACAAAUGCUUGGAUGUGCUUUACCACUGCUAAUCUUGCAGAUACCACCGCACCAGUGAUUGAGCAGUUGAAAAGACUGCUAGAUACUGGUAGUCCAUCCUGGGUUCUGAUCUUCCCCAUGUGUAAUGUGAAUAUGAGCCAUUUCGUUUCAGAAAGUUUACUACAAAGACUUUUCUCCUCUUAGGCAGAUAGUAUCAUGUGCUUUGCUAUUCAACUUAUCAACCAAACAUCUUGCUGAGUGAUAAUCCAUUUAUUUCGGCCAUUGAAUCAGUGAGGUGGUUGCAGAGACCCGAAGAGCUGGCAAAUUCUAGAGGCUUAAAGUAUCCUUGGCAAACUCCAAAAAGAGUCAUACAGAAUUAAAUUCUUAAAUUAGUGUGGCCUUAGCAUUAACAUGCCACUUUCACAUUUUAUGUAUCAUUGGCAAAGUUUGAUCACAAAUGCAUGUGCAAAUGAUCUUGAUAUGAUUUUCUCUGUGGCAUUGAGCUAGACAGCUGUUCUUAUUAAGAGAGGUAAUCAUCACUAUUUUGAUUCUGCUGUGGUUAUUGGGCAACUUUCGAGUAUACUUUAAGUAAAUCCUCAGUGUGAUGCAUAGAUAUACGCCAUAUCAACUAUGUGCCAUAUCUGCACAUCAGGCACCUGUAAAAUAAUAACUGUAACAAGUUUGCAUCUAUUUCAGUGUAAUAAAAUUUUGCACUGCUUGCAUAAUUUGUAUGUUUUUAAAAAAACUUUCAUGGAAUUGUGAAGAAUUUUAUAUAAUUAAAGUAUAUUAUUUUUAAAAGAUAAAAAUUAUCUAAGAAUAUGAGGCUGCUGUUAAUCAAAUUAGAGAUAUAACUAAGCAGAUAACCUUAUACCUUGUCAUAAUCAAAAUGAUCGGUUCUGUUAAGAAGUAAAACAUGUUUAUUUAAAUUUUUUUUCAUUUGUUUCACUUUUAUACAGUGGUGAUGUCUGGCAGUAUAGAUGGCUAAUGAGAUAGUACCGUAACAUCAUGUGAUUCAAAAAUCACCAAUGCUGUAGUUAUUUAAAUGUCAGAAUUUUUUAUUAGUAUGGUUCGAAUUAAAGAAAAUCAAAAUCAUUUUCACAGUUAUCUGAUGUAACUGAGAAAGCAAUCAUGUUGAAGUCUUUCAGCAAAACUAGCAUUAUGUAAAUUAACAGACAGUUUUGUGCCAAACAGAUAAAAGUGCCAUUAAGACAAUCCAAACUAUCUUUUCUUUCAGUCACUUUUAUGUUAUAUCAAUUUUAUACCAGUGUACAACAUGUUCAUUGGCAUCCAGUUUCAGUAAGAAUAAAAUUUUGUACAUUAUUUUUCUGAUGUGGAACCAAUAACUAUGACAACAGAAAGAUGUAUAGUCUAAAACGGGUUCUCGACUGGUGGUAUGCAAGAGAAAACUAAAUGAUACGCAAAGUAUUUUUAACUAUUAAAUUCAAAAAUUAAAACCCCAACAUCCUGAUUGAGUUUUUCUCUAAUACUCGUAAAUUUAUGUGAUCUGAGCUUUGUUUAGCUGUUUCACAGUUCCCAGCUUUAUCACCCUUAAUAAGUUUUAUGUAGUCCACUAUACUGUCCAGAUCUGUGUUAGAAAACUGAUAUGAUAUUUUAGACUUGGAUGUGAUGAUGGGCCAUUCCAGGUCUGAAAAUUGAUAUGGUAUUUUAGACCUGGACAGUGCUGAAGUAGCCUGGAUGUUGUAAUCCGGACUGCUGGUCCAAACUCCAGUUUUGCUCCCACAUAAAAGUUAAGUUGUAGUGUUUUUCCUCUUCUCUGAUGGAUGAAAUAUCCAAUCACUGGAGAUGUCUCCGGGAAGAUUCCUCAGUGAAGAAACAAACAAAACAAAACAAACGAACAAACAAACAAAGAGAGAUGAGAUGUUCUGCCAUUCCCAAUGAACUUCUUUCCUAUCUAGUGUCUGGCCCUUUUUAUUAAAAUAAAACUUUUGGGGAAAUAUUUGGACAACUGUAUCAUGCUGUUUAAGAGUUUGCAAUCUUGUAUUUUCUUGCUAACGUAACUGAUAAAACAACACAUAAAUUGCCCAUGGUGCAACUUUCAAGUUCUUGUGGGAAGAAACUGUACAUGGAAAUAAAUUUUCCAAGCGGAAUUAAGCGAGCACUUUUUCAUGGGGAACAAGGAUUGAAAAAGUGUUGAUACUUGAUGACAUCUCAAAUAUAUCUGUCUGCUAAUAUGUGCUAAAUAUGGAAAACAUGUUUGAGCUCUUAAUGCAUUAAAAAUUGAAAUUUCCCUUGCAAUUGAGUUUGCUGUCUAUUAAAGAAUAAUUCUUUCAAUAUGUACUUUUAUUUAGAGGCAAUUCCAUCUUUGGAGUGUAAUUAUAUUUUUGUAAAUUGAACAAUUUCAUAAAUAUCUGAUAAAUCAGUUUUACCUUUCUGAUAAAAGAAAUUAAAAAUGUGUGAGAUAUUUGAAUGUAUUGUAUAUAAUUUGAUAUUUUAAAAGUAGAUAAUUGUAUCUUGUAUAUAGUGUUACUUUCUGUAAUCUGAAGAUUGUAGAGGGUUUUGUAAGCAUUUAGAUUCCAAAGUUUGUGGCAAAAUUUAUUGUUCUUGUAUUCUGUUAUUUAUUUUGUAUUCCUUUUUUUUUCCACCCAAUGUGCUAAUUUAAGCCUAUAUGUUCAGACUGAAAUGCAAAGUAUAAUUUAUUGCCUGUUGUGUUAUGAAAAUGUGCAUUUAUUAACCUAUUACUUGCAUUUUCUUUUUUGUAAAUAUGUGUUCCAUGUUAGAAACUUUGGAAAACAUUUUCUUUCCAGAAGAAAAAAUGAAUGUAGCAUCUGUGUUUUGUUUAUUUACAUUAAUUAUAGGCACUUAUUUGAAGAGAAAAAUACAAAUACAGAAAUGUUGCAAAUAAUUUAGCAUAGCUUAAUAUUUUUAUUUAAAACAAACUUUUGUUUGCAUCUGUUGUAUAUUUUUCAAAGUGAUCGGUCAAUAAAUUCAGAGUGCUUCCAAUGUAAAAAAAAAAAAAAAAAUUAAAAUUUUUAUUACCUGUGCAUGUGAGUGAAUGUGUUGUGCGUGCAGACAUACAUGAAGACAGUUGCCUUUGUUUGGUGACUAGUAUUUGAAUCAGAUGUGAGACUUGUUCCUGAUAUUUUGUGUAAAAUUGUAAACACGUGCCAAUUUUGUAGUGGCACCUUAUUUCUGCAUUAAAGAGAUUGUUAAUAAGGAAAGUUUGCUUUAUAAAAUAUAUAUAAAUAUUGGUUUUAAAUUGAAUUAGUAAAAUAUAUUGGACUUUUUAAUAACUCUCAUGAAUUUUUAUUGUAUGUUUUUAAAGGUGAUUUAAAACAUCAAAUAAUAAAAUGUGAUUAUGAGAAGUAAUUCUUGAGAUACUUUCAGGUGUGAUCAGAAUGCAUAAUGAACACCUUUCCAGUUCUGUUAAAAAUUAUAUUUGUAAAUUUGUUUGUAGUAAACUUGUGUAGAAAUUUUUUGGUGUUUCUUUACUUACAUAAACUGAAGUUACAUCUGUAUACCAUGUAUCUAACAUUUCUGGUAAAGGUAUUUACAAUAAACCUACAGGAAAAAAGCCAGUUCUGAUCUUGCAUGUUAUAUUUUGUAUUCUGAAAACUCUUCAUUCACCGUGGUAGUACUGGAAGUAAUGUUUUCAGUUUAACAUAAAAUUAACAGCAGUUAAAAAAAUAUGCAUAUUAUAUUUGAGAAAAAUGUAAUUAAUGGCAUAUACCUUCAAUUUGAAGCAGUUUAGCUUGAAAAAUAAAUUCAGUUUAUUUGGUUAUAUAAAUUAAGAUACAAAGCUACUCCCUCCUCCUCUAAAAAAAAAAAAAAAAAAAAAAAAAAAAAAAAAAAAAAAAGAAGAAGAAGAAUUAAAGGA